GCAGAAUUUAUUUUACGUCAUUAUGCCAAACCGUCAAAUGCUGUAUGGAUGUCAUUUGUCACCUUAUUUAUUUGCGAAGUCUUUGUUGAUAGUUAUAUUUUUUAUAGUUUUGCUGACCAUUAAAAUUGUAGAAUUUGACUUCAGUUCGUGUCAUUAUUGUCAUAUAUGUGUUAUUUAAUUUAAAAACAAUACAGUAUAGUUACUUGAAAAUGUCGACUGCGAUGACAUUUGGACAAAAACAAUUUAUUCCGACACCGCCAGACAAGGGUAGUUUUCCACUCGACCAUGAGGGUAUUUGCAAGAAGAGUAUGAUAAGGUACAUGAACUGUAUAUUUGAUAAUAAUAGCAAUAAUUCUAUGUGCCGAUCCGAAGCCAAAGAUUACCUAGCAUGUCGUAUGGAACACAACCUCAUGGCCAAAGAAGAUUGGUCUAAAUUAGGUUUUAAUGAAGGCGAGGGGCAAGUUAAAGGAAGUAACAAGUGACUGUCGUAUUUAACAUAGGUUAGUUAGUUUUGAUUUUAAUAAAAAAUCCAUAUUAAA